AGAUCAUCGAACUUUCAUAAAAAGAUCAAUUAAGUCCUUCUAUAGGAGGUUCUGCCCGGCCGUCGCGAUUUGGAGCAGUUCCUGGUGGAAUUUUUUGAUGAAAUUUUUUGAUGAAAUUUUUUGAACAUCUUAUUCACCAAGUAUAGUUUACUCAUACCGAAUUUUAUAAAUUAUAUGUAGUAUACAAAUAUUUACAUUACUGUUUGUCAUGACACAGCCUGCUCAGCUCCAUUGUAUUUGACGAUUUUCAAACAAGCUCCAUUGGAAACCGUGAAACACAGGGGGGAAAUCGCAGGAAAAGGAAAGGAAACCCUGCCACGCAAACAUACAUUCUAUUUCGCCUGAUUGUAGCGGCCAUCGCCCAUCGGCGUUUUCCCAUCUUCUUAACUGUUUCCCUGAGCUAAGCGAAGAUUGAUAAGUUUUUUUUUUUGGACAAUUCCAUCAGCAGCGUGAGGAAUAGCAGACAACUAUAUCAAAGUUAGCAGCUCGAGUAGUUUAUGAACCUAUAGAUUCCAUUGACAAAUCUUGCUUCAUGCCUCAUUCGAAAGAGAGUACUCAGUACCGAGGUUACAAGAGAAAGUCCAAAGUACCAUCUGAUCUGGCUAGAAUAAGCGAUGCCGUAACCCAAAAAUCUUGCCCAAUAUGUCUCUGUGAAAUCAAGCCAAGACGAGUGGCGUCACUUCCACUGUGCAGACAUGUUUUUUGUGUGGAUUGCAUCUGCAGGUGGAGUGGUUACAAGCGUGUGUGUCCACUUUGCAAAGCCGAGUUUGGCUCUUCACUCUUCAUAAUUGACCUCUCCUCUCAGACCCUUGUGAAGGAGGUACUCAAAGCACCACUGGAUUAUAGACCUCCUACAGUAGGUUUUUCAGCACCCCAGAGAAAUGCUUUGGCAGAAUUGAGGUUGAUAAGAAGAAGAGCAGAACAAAAUUCUCAAUACUCAAGAACGAGGGAAUUUCCUAGGAGGAGGUCCUUUGGCACUCCAGAAGGUUUAAACCCUGGUGUCAUUAGGGAGAUAAAACUUCAGUGGCGGGCAAGCAUAUAUGAAAGGAAACUGCAGGCUGUUCCUUUCGCAUCUAAAAACAGUGUUUUAGAGAAAAUGGAGUACAAUAGUAGUGUAAAGUCAAUGGUAAUACAAAGAGUGGAACCUUGGAUACAUAGGGAGCUGGAGGCUAUACUUAAGGACCCCAAUCCAUCUAUAAUUGUACAUGUCGUCACCUCAGUGCUUGUCUCCACAAAUGAAAGAGGGACAAUAGUUUCUUCUGGAGAGCCUGGUACAAGGGAUGAAUUUCUUGCUCCUCUCAGGCCUUUCUUGCAUGAAAAAACAGAACAUUUUUGGCAUGAGCUUAGAUGUUUUGCUCAGAGCUGUUUCUCCAUUGAGACAUAUGAUAGUGUGGUGGAGUACAGAUCAAACCGAACCUAGAGAAAAAUGAUUGUAUAUUAGAGUAGUCCCCUUAAGAGUCCAUGGAUUUCUUGAAAUGUCUCAUCCUUUUGUAUUUUGUAUAUCGUCUGCAAUUAGUUCCACAAGCUGAUGAGUCGAACAAGCCAGAAAGGGAACAUGUAUUGCAUUAUUGGUGGGUAUAUUAUCUGCUGUUAUUUCUGCCUUAGUUCUGCU